AUGAUCGGCGGACCACCGUCAGGUAUCAGCCGGCGCCGUUCCUAUUUGGCUGAGGCCAUCCUUCCAGUUCAACACCGCUCGGCUCAGAACCACGACAGCAAGCAUGAACAGUCGGGCCCAUGCAAAGAGGAGUCAUUCAUAGACCCGCCAAGUUUGUCCACUGGUUUGUGGAGGGCCGGAGCCAUGCUGUCAGACAGGCCCGGUACCGGGAUUCCGUCAAGCACAGUAGAGGAUACAACUCCACGGGGUGCGCUGUUCGAUAUUGAUGGAGAAGGAAUGGCUUGCAGGGUGUGUUGUUUGGUCCGUGGUGCUGAGAAUGGCAUCAUGACGAUUGGGCAAAUGACCCCUCCAUUAUUAGAAGCAUUGGAAUGGCGGGCACGCUUGUGGCAGUUGGGCGACGAUUUGCUCAGAUGUACUUGCGGCCCACUGGAGGCAGGCACAAGAGCCUUUUCAGCGCUAAAGCCAUCUUCUGCUCACCACCUGAGCAAUUCUGCCGCUUUUUGGCCGCCGCCCGACUUCAUCAUCAUUCAAUUUAAUUUGUACAUCAACAUCGCAUCACUUAUCAUCACCAUCGCCAAUCACCGUCCGCUCCAACCCUUCACUCGCUGCGGGCCUCCCCUGCUCGCUGCUCCUCUUCUCGAGUUUCCGCUGGCUACCCCGGCUCUCAUUUUUAAAGCCGCAUAUAGGUACUGCCCACAACACGCCGGAAUUCGCCUCUGGACUUGCUCUGCUUGCGCCAUCGUCUUUUAUUUUGCUACGCUACAGUAUUUCCUCUCUUGGAAAAUCCGCACUAAUGUCCACCACUUCUUUCCCGGACCGGUAUCCCCGGGUCGCUCCAUUGUCCACAUGCACUACCGGCCGGCAGUCCGCAUCAAGCAAAGCCGGUCACGGUCCGGACUAUGUUACGCCACGAUGCUCUUGUCCACGUACACUUUUUCUAUCCAGCCUCGUCAUAUCGCUAUGCUACACAAACCCGUUGCGGCUAUUGUUCCGGCAAAGACCGGCCGCCGGCUAAGCGUAAAGAUCCCUCUCUCGCUUGCGCUAUUGCUGCUAGUCGUGCUCAAGCCCGUCGUCGUGAUCGUUAUUGGAGACGACUCGACAGAGUUUAAGCCGUCGCGCGACCAGCGGCAGACGAUAAAUCGCUUCAAUUCCCACGUACUUGGUGAUGAGUACGCAAAGGAAGCAUCUCGACGCCAUCCAAGAACAAAAGAAGAGUCAAAACGGCGAAACAACGAGUUCAAUUUGUUGGAGCGAGUUCAUGAAGCAGAGUAUGGCAGGCUGAAAACGCCCCCAGAACCUGCUCAUAAACUCGAAAUCACUCUAGAAGAGGAUAACUUUACCGAAGAAAAGUUCGCCGUCUUCGAUAACUAUCAGAAAGUCAUUCACAAGGAUGAUCCUAGUGAACGAACGCGAAAGUCGUUUACCAGGUUUCUCUGCAGCUCUCCCCUGCGUCGCCACACCGAGACUCGUUCGGAUGGCACAAAGAAGCGGCUGGGCUCGUACCAUCAAUGCUACCGACUCGAUGGCAAAUUGGUGGCUAUCGGGGUGCUUGAUUUGUUACCCCAGUGUGUGAGCUCUGUGUACUUUUUGUACCACGAGAGCAUCCACAAGUUCAGCCCGGGUAAGCUUGGUGCUCUGCAGGAAAUUGCGCUCGCCAACGAGGAAGGCUACCGAUGGUGGUACCCCGGCUAUUACAUCCACAGCUGCCCCAAGAUGCGUUACAAGAUGGAUUUCGCCCCCCAGUACAUUCUCGAUCCUGUUACGUUGAGUUGGGAUCCCUUGGACAGGACUGUGCUUGCACUGCUGGAUAAGUCGCCUUUUGUUAGUCUAUCUCAGCACGAUACUGCCGGAGAUGCUGUGCCAGAGGGCCAGCAAAGCGUUCUUCUCGAUUCCAGAAAUCAGGAUGAGGCUGAUACCGGUGAAGACGAUCCGGAUGAUGGUAUCGAGCGGUCGCUCUUUGCUGCCAACAUGCCAGGAAUACCCACACUGUCUGAGAUGGAAACUGUAGACAUGGAUAACAUUCGUGUCUUGGGACUGUCACCUGUAUUUCUAUACCGCAUGUCUGAUCUUGUAGGUUGGGAUGACUGUACAAUCUACGACUGGCCCAAUAUUAAGGCUCGCAUGGCUGAGCUGGUCGCCCGCUCGAGAUCUCACCGAAUCCCCAUCCAUUAUCCGCCUAGCCACAACUGCGCAACACCCUCACGCAGCAGCCCAGCCAACAACCCGCCCGCCAUGGCGACGCAGCAAGCGCUCUUCUCCCCCGCGGAGCUCGCCUACCUGCACAGCUCGCUGAGCCUGCGACCGCCGAUCCGGCCCGACGGCCGGGCGCCGACGCAGUUUCGCCCGCUAACGGCCGAGACGGGCAUCCUGCCGGGGACGCACGGCAGCGCGCGCGUGUGCUUCGCCGACGGCACCGAGGCGAUUGUCGGCGUCAAGGCCGAGAUGGAGCGCACGGCAGAGGGGCGGCGCGUGGGCGCCGAAGACACGCUUGAGGCGAGCGAGACGCAGCGAGCGGGCGCGGCCGCCGAGGCCGAGGCCAGGACGCGCCAGGGCCGCGAGGACUGGCUCGAGAUGACGGUGGAGAUUCCCGGCCAGCGCGACGACGAGGCGGCGACUGUGUUCUUGGCCGAGAUGCUACGGGAGGCCUUGCUGGCGGAUGGCGAGUUUGCGGGCAAGUUGUGGAUUAAUCGACGCUUUCACUGGCGUUUGUACCUGGAUAUCCUGCUGAUAUCACCUCCGCUGUCAUACCCCCUCCCACUGCUCUCCCUCACCACACACCUGGCGCUGCUGUCGACGCGCCUCCCGCGGCUGAAAUCCGAAGGCGACGAGGAUCCCAUGUUUGACGACGACUGGGACGCCUCCACGUUUCUGUACCCUCGCAGCGACGGCGCGCGAUCCACCGCCGCCGCUACGCGCCCGCCCAUUACGCUGCUUGUCGUGGCCGUCGGCGACAAUGUUAUUUUUGACCCCGCGCGGGAGGAGCUCGCCGUCGCGGACACGGCGCUCGCCGUGUCCGUGGCCGAGGUGCCGUGGACGAGCGAGGGCGGCAAAAAGGGCCGGCAGCUGCGACUGCUGUCGAUGCGGACGGUCGACCCCCCAAGCCGACUGACGCCGCCGGGCGUGCCGCAGGCGGGUAUGGCGACGGGCGCGCAGAGCGGCGGCCCGGUACCUGGGGUCUGGAAAGCGCCGCUGGGAGGGACCAAGUUUGGCGUCGUGGACGCGAUUGUGCAGGCGGUGCUGGAAAAGGGCGGCGUGGCGGAUGAGGUCCUUGAUGGGCUGGAGGGUGUUGACCUGGCGUAG